AGGCAAAUUCGCUGCUGUACGUCGCGCUAUACACAAAAAUUCUGGUGUACAUUUUGCUGCCAAAUUUCUAAAACGACGCCGACGCGCUCAAUCCUCAGAUAAGGAGAUCAAACAUGAGAUCGCUGUGCUAAUGCUAUGCGAUGGCGCCGACAACAUUGUCAAAUUAAAUGCGGUGCACGAGUCACGCUCCGAUACGGCGUUGCUGCUGGAACUCGGAAUAAAACGAAGACGCGGCUCGAGCUAUGUGGGGCUAACACGUUUGGUUAAGGUCAUUCUUGAUUCAAUGGCACGCCGAACUACCCAGCAGAUUGUGCCUCACGCGGAAUGUCAACUGCAGCGCUAA